UGCGCGCGCAGUGGUGACGUCAGUCCCGGCGCGACCUCCCGCUCCUCCGCCCCUCCCCGCUCCUGCCCGGUGUCACCGUCAUGGCGACCUCCUUUCUGCUGCGGCGAGGACCGUCCGCGGCGCUGAAGACGGUGCUCCGAGAAGCACAAGUGUGUCGAGGACUUGCCUCCACGGUUUCCCUCUCUGCAGAAUCGGGGAAGACCGAAAAGGGACUGCCACCGAAUUCCAAGAGGCAAAGCCCACCAAAAAAUGUAGUGGAACCAAAGGAGAGGGGCAAGCUACUAGCCACCCCAGCAGCAGCUGAAUUGUCUAAAAACUUGUCUUCACCCAGUUCUUACCCAUCAGUUGUGAAUCCGGGCGGGAGGGUAGCUGGCCCUCGCCCCAGUCCCGAGGAUAGCAUGCUGUUCACAGACAGAGGGGUUCCAGAGUUUUUGUCAAGAAAGACUUUGGUAGAGUUUCCUCAAAAAGUUCUGCCUCCAUUCAGAAAACAGGGUUCGGAUUCCAGAGCUGUUCAGGAGAACAGGGGAGGGACAGACGGGUCCUCGUCCUCGUCCUCGUCCUCCUCGUCGGCCAGCUCCUCUGACUCGGAGUCUGAUGAGGAGGGCGGCGGCUCCACGGUUGGCCCUCAGGUGACAAGCAGGGGCAGAGGCGGCCUUCCCAAACCGCAGGCCUCCCGUUCGCUUGAAAACGGAGCCCCCAAAAUCGCAGCUUCCACCAAAGAGAAGACCCGGUCCCAGCAGGGACAGCCAGACCCGAGCCCUCCAGAGAGACCCCGGCAGGCAAAGAAGAAAGGGGCCCCUGUGAAGCCAUUAGAGGACAGAAAAGACACUAAACCGAAAACCACAGCACCCAGGUUGCAAGCAGAUAAGGAGUUGAUGAAGCACAACGUAAAGGAGAAACAAAUGGGAAAAAUACUUAGAUCAAGUGAGAAAGAUAAAGAAAGUCCCAAACCACUGGAAGUUAAAAAAGCCUCACCUGACCUUGUAAAGUCAGGCUUGUCUACACAGCCGCCUGCCAGCCCCGCGCCCGCGACGGCUGCCAGCCCCACACCCGCGACGUCAGGCUUGUCUACACAGCCGGCUGCCAGCUCCGCACCGGCAACGUCAGGCUUGUCUACACAGCCGGCUGCCAGCCCUGUGCCGUCAUCAGAAGCAAGCAGAGCAGGGGGGCAGCUGCAGGCACCUCCUGAGACCAGAGAUGGGCGUUUGGAGAAACAAGUCCUGGAACGCGAUGGGGAGGGGGUGUUUCCCCCAGUCGGCCGGGAAGGUUCUGGAGAGCGGAUAAUGGGAGGAGUCCUGCAGGCUCAAGAGGAGAUGCUGGGAGACCAGGUACCACCAGUCCAGCAUGGGAAGCCGGCAGGCCUGGAGCUCGAGGGAAAGGACGAGACGGUGUCGGCGCCUGGCCCGGCAGAGCAGGACGACACACAGGGUAGAAGUUGGGAGAGCCCCAAUGGCAGAAGUCCACGGCCAGUAGGCACGCCCCCCGCAGCCCCGAGAGACGCACCUCUGCCCUCUGGCACCGCCUGGCCUCGCGGCAGGAAAGGCUGCAUUUCCUUCGCUUCAGCCACACACUUGGACUUCUAGGAUGACCAGACACUCUCCACAGAAAGAAAGAAAGUUUCCGGUUUAUAUAUUUUAGCCUGAAUCUACAGUAUACCAACAACUUUUUUAGAAAAAGUUGAAAACUCGGCACGUCAUUUCCAUCCCCCUCGAGUGGUUGGGUCGUUAAAACAGGGUCUGACUUUCUUGUGUUUAGAUUCUCAGCAGGCUAGCUUUGGAACAGUUUCUCCUGCUCCUGAUUUGUGAUAAGACCGCGAUCUGACAGAUCUGGGGUUUUUUCCUGCAACUUUAAGUGGCCCCCCAUAAUCGUAGGCAUUUUCAGAGUUCUGCGAAGUCAGGUGUUAAUGACUUACAGCCGUCCCAUUGGGAAGCGGGUGUGUCUUAGAAAACGUUUUCAGCUCAUUGCUUUAUUUUGCUUCUGAAGACCCUGUUGCUUUCACAGGCUUUUCUGUUGGGACCGUGUAUUUCAGGCGGGGUGUGUGAGGAGCGCUGGGUGCGCCGGUGUCUGUGAACUGAGCCUGCGGAGGCCCUUCUGUCCCGUGUCCUCACAAGUCUUGCUUUCC